UUUUCCUUCUCCCUCGGAUCGGCGGCAGUUCCCGUCCCGUGUCCGUGCCCCACAGGGACAGGGGACGCGGCUCGCCUACUUCCCCGCCAAUCCACCUGCCCUAGUGAGCCGCUAGCGGAGAGAAGAAGACAUGGGGAGCAACGCCGCCGGCAAGCCGCCUGCCGCUGCCGCCGCCGCCGUGUCGUGGGAAUUCCACGCGACGGGGCCUCGCAACCUCUCCACCCCCGGCUGGAGGGACCUCAUCCGCUCCAGCUGGAGAGAUCCAAACUACAGAAGAAUUGCAAUGUCAUGCUUCGUGCAGGCCGCAUAUCUACUGGAGCUGGACAGGCAGGAGAGCAGAACUGGUGAAGCUGCACUCGCUCCCAACUGGUGGAAGCCCUUCAAAUACAAGGUGGUGCGCCCUCUCAUCGAUUCCAGAGACGGAUCAAUCUAUGGGGCACUUCUAGAAUGGGACCAGCUCUCUGCCCUCACAGAUCUGAUAGUGGUCAAGCCUCAAGGUGCUCCCAAGGUAGUCCUCGCUCUCAGGGGGACCGUGCUGAAACAGCUGACUGUGGUGAGAGACCUGGAAGAUGACCUUAGGUUGUUUGCCCUGGACAGUUUGAGGGGUUCCGUCAGGUUCACCGGUGCGCUUGAGGUGCUCAAAUCGGCAAUCCACAAGCAUGGCAGCACCAAUGUGUGUGUUGCCGGCCAUUCCCUAGGGGCAGGCUUUGCUCUGCAGGUUGGGAAGGCCUUGGCCAAGGAUGGAACCUUUGUGGAGUGCCAUUUGUUUAACCCACCGUCAGUGUCACUUGGCACGGGCCUCAGAAAAAUUCAGGAGAAAGCCAGCAGUGUCCUCAAGCGAUAUAUCAGUAGAAGCAGCAGCAGCUCUUCAUCAAAUGUUUCCCCAGGAGAGGAGCUACAAGCCGCCUCUCAAGUUGAAGUUGGAGAAGAAGAACUGAACAAUGAGGUUAAAAGAUGGGUGCCAAACCUAUACAUCAACAGCAGCGAUUACAUUUGUUGCUUCUACGCUGAUCGUAGCGGUGUUGCUACCGUCACCACGGAGAAGCAUUCCGGGGUGCAUUCCAAGCUGUACGUGAUUGCCAAAGGACCAAGCAAGUUCCUGGAGGCUCACGGGCUGCAGCAAUGGUGGUCCGAUGAUUCCGAGCUCCACUUGGCCGUGCACGACAGCAAACUCAUGUACAGGCACCUUAAGUCCCUCUAUGUCUAACAACAAUAGAGAAGUCAAUAGUACUUAUUUCUCAGAAUGCCUUAGUUCUCUUUUCUAGACAAGAAGACAUGUAAAUCUUCAACUGAUUAAGAGCUCAAUAUUUUGCAACUUAUCUGAGUUCUUACUAUAUCUUCUUC